AUGGAAGCCCUGGGGGAGCAAGACGUGGCCUCUGGCUUGGCCGAGAGCUGUGCUGGUACAAGAAGCCUCCAGGGCCCACUGCUGCCCUGGUCUCCAGCCACUCCCGCAUCAAUAACACCUUGGCAGUGCCCACCUGGGGAGGAGCCUAGUCUGGACCUGAGGCAGGGUGAGUUGUGCAGGUCCUGCCCCCCAGGCACCUUCUCAGCCUCAUGGGGCCCCAGCCCCUGCCAACCCCACGCCAGCUGCAGCCCUCGAGGGAGGCUGGAGGCCCAGGUGGGCUCGGCGACUCGAGAUACACUGUGUGGAGGCUGCUGGCCUGGGUGGUUUGCCCCUGAGGGGGGCCCCCAUGUUCCAUGUCAGCCCUGUUCCUGGGCGCCUCUGGGUACUCAUGGCUGUGAUGUGUGGCGACACCGGGUCCGGCGUGGCGUGGAGGCAUCAGCAGGUGCAGGCAGCAGUGGGGAGACCCGGCAGCCUGGGAACAGCACGAGGGCAGGCAGCCCCGAGGAGACGGCUGCGCAGUAUGCAGUCAUCGCCAUUGUCCCUGUCUUCUGCCUCAUGGGGCUGCUGGGCAUCCUGGUGUGUAACCUGCUCAAGCGGAAGGGCUACCACUGCACGGCCCACAAGGAGGUCGGGCCUGACCCCGGAGGUGGAAGCAGCGGGAACAACCCCGCCUACCGGGCCGAGGACGCCAACGAAGACACCAUUGGAGUCCUUGUUCGCCUGAUCACAGAAAAGAAAGAGAAUGCGGCGGCCCUGGAGGAGCUGCUGAAAGAGUACCACAGCAAACAGCUGGUGCAGACAAACCUCAGGCCUGUGCCCAGGCUGCCACCAGGCUCCUCCAGCAUGCCACACAUCUGCCCACAUCGUCACCAUCUCCACACUGUGCAGGGCCUGGCCUCACUCUCUGGCCCUUGCUGCUCCCGAUGUAGCCAGAAGAAGUGGCCUGAGGUGCUGCUGUCCCCCGAGGCUGCAGCAGCCACCACUCCUACUCCCAGCUUCCUGCCUGGCUCAGCCCGGGUUCCCAAGGCUGGGGCCAAGGCAGGACGCCAGGGGGAGAUCACCAUCCUGUCCGUGGGCAGGUUCCGUGUGGCUCGAAUUCCUGAGCAAAGGACAAGUUCAUUGGCAUCUGAGCUGAAGACCAUCACAGAGGCUGGACCCUUAGGGGAUGAUUUCCCUGACUCCUCACAACCCGGCCUCCCCGCUGAACAGCGGGCACUGCUGGGCAGUGGCACAAACCAUACUAAGAGGCUGAAGCACCCAACGGAGAAUAAGACUGAGGAGACACGCUAUGUGGUCCGGCUAAGUGAGAGCAACCUGGUCAUCUGA